GGACAUGGUUGCCCUGGCUUUUGUGCGGCUGGAUGGGUUGUUUUUGCUUGCUAUUAUGAAUUUGUAAGACUAUCAUGGGCCUCUGGAGGCUGGUGGUUUCAGGGUUUUCGCUUCUGGGCGGUGUUACGGACUGUUAUGUAGGAUCAUCAAAAGGCUGAAUCUUUUUUCUCCUAUGAAUGUCGUUGCUGCACUUUGCUGUAGAGUGUGCACCAUGAUGCGUGGCGACGCCGACGUGAGGUAUCUCGGAGAGGGGACCUUCCUCUCCAACCUUGACAAAGUACCUACCUACCUAGGUACCAAAGGUACCUUGGGUACCUACCUAGUAGGUAGGUAGGUUGCACCUCGUCCAAUGCCCACGUGGUAUGCGGUCGAGAUGCUUUGCCGGCAGGCGCAUUGGAGGAAGACCGUAUGCGGCGAGAUCGUGAUGCGCGGGGAAGACUGUGUUAGUCUUGGAUGGUGCUUCUGGCAUCGGGCGUGCUACGGAUGUCUUCUCUGUGGGAGCAAGCAUAUCGCCUCAGGAGUCAAGCUUGAGGAGCUUUUUGGGGACUUGGACGAUGACUUGGAGGAUAACAUGGGAAAGACUAGGGGACGGGAGAUCGAGGGGCCACCACUUUGCGCGCACUGUCUCGUGGAGGCCGAGUUGGAUGGAAUGGACGAGAGAGCGGUUGUGCAGAAGGGCUUGAGAAGAAUGGAUUGCGUGGACGGCGGGCUGGGGCGGACAAGAUGGGAAGCCAGUCAGGGACAACCACUACCACUGAGGAUUGGAAGCCAUCAAACAGGGGCCCCAGUUCCCGAGAGCCCUGCCUACCGCUCGCCCUCGCUGCGAGCCACAGGACAAAGAUCCAGCAUCACGAACCACGAUAGAAACCAGCAGAGAGACGCCAUCGAUGCCAUUGACCCACCAGAUUCCACCAUUUACGUGUCUAUCAACGACCCUCUGGGCGAGCCCGCCUUCAAACCUAGCCCUACGAAGCCAAUCCCACGCUGGAUGCAGAUGCUCCCCGGUAACCGUCGCCAGUACUACCCAGAUGCGUCGCGACAGUCUACUCCUGUUUCCCCUUCGCGCGUCUCCUCGACAUCAACUCAACAACUGGGUCCUCUUCCGGAACGGGCGCGAACAUCCUCAAGCAUCUCAACAGUUUGUCCUCAGAAGAUAUUAAACCCAGCCUCAACCCCGCCGUCUCUUUCUCCCAGAGUCUCUUCGUUGACAAGGACGUCAUCUGGAGGCAGCAUCACAGACUUCCAUCCAAGAACUGUUGAGGAUCACAUGAAGCGUCACACACCGAGUUCAUGGGUCAGCCACGAGCCCCUGAAACGACCGUCCUCGCGGAUGGCCUACAUUCAAGGACACCAGAGGACUGUGACGGAAGUCUCGACGUCUUCAGCCUACGCUACACCCCCGGAGUUUUCUUUCGAAGAGCACAACGAGAUUGCUACUCUGCCAUGCCGUCCUCAGCCUGGCCUUGCGGGCACUAUGCCCAGCCGUCAUGUUGCUUUCGAUGAGCUUCCUGCACAGCUAACUCGAACCCGCCCCCCGCUCUCUGCGCCAGCCGUUCCUUCGUCCCACAAACAUGACACCGUACGGCCAACGGCUCGUACCCCACCACCGCUAUCUUCGGAGUAUCUUGAGAAAUAUCGACCCAUUAGAUCACCAUCUCCAAGACCUCUGACAAUCACGAUCAAACCGGCAGUGACGACUGAGGCGCAGAGAAUAGAGAGCGUAGCAGCCACAGCCAGCUCGACGGAAUCCAGUAGCGCCUAUGGGCCGACAAAUACCGUGCUGCAGCCCUCGCGUAUUCAAGACACGGUCUUGCGGAGCAGGAUAGCGAUUCAAAGGGCUGCAGGUGAUCAAAUGCCCAACCCGGACUGCAAGAGACAGAGUGCUGUUGAUGGUGCCGGCUCUAUGCAUUCCAUGGGACCAGAACAACAGCCGAAUAUAAGAGACAGACGGCACUUACGAGAUGAGUUGAGGCGGUUGUUUUGGGGAAGCAGCAGGGAACCCGAUAGAUGA